AUGCUGAGGUUACUAAGUCUAUCCCUAUUACUAUUAAUAGUAAAUGGGCAAGAAGAAGCUAGACGAGUGUUAUAUGGUCUUCCACCACUACCUGAUGACCGUAAGUCGUACAGUGUAAUACAGAUUCCCUAUAGUAUCCUAAUGACAAGUGCAGAAGCAAAUACGGUAGUUCUGACAGAAAGCUACAGUAACUCAUAGCUUUUUUGGUAGGGUAGGGUAGGAGAGGGUAGAGUAGGGUAGGUUAGGGUAGGGUAGGGUAGGAUAGGGUAGGGUAGCGUAGGGUAGGGUAGGGUAGGGUAGGGUAGGAUAGGGUAGGGUAGCGUAGGGUAGGGUAAGGUAGCGCAAGGCAAAAUAAAGUAGAGUAAGUGAUUUUGCCCCCCAAAAAAUACAGUAUCCCCUACAGUAACCCACUUAUAACCUCUAAAAACGACACUUUUCAGCCACCACCACACAAGCCCCACCCCCGACGAUCCGGCCACGAGUAUUCAGAUUCGGACCACUAUUAAACGUCCUUCAACCUCCACCUCACCCAGCCCCUCUACCUCCACCAGCUCUCCCUCACCAUCACGGCCUCCAUCUGCCUCUGCCUACAUUGGGUGGGAACCCAUUUGAUAACUAUCACAAUAUCAAUGUCAUCCCUGAACUACCACCACGCCCUGAGAACAAACUGAAUGGGUAUUACGACUUGGACGGAAAUUUCGUGCCUUAUGGCAAUGAGCAGGUAGGGUAAUAUUGGGCUGGGUUGGGGGUGAUAAAGCUGGUUUUUUCUAAAGUAGAAGGGGGGGGGGAGAGCAAAAAAAAUUUUUUUAAAGCCAAAACAUGAACACAACCCCUCCUUAAAACCAUUUUCAAGGUCUUUUUUGAAGGGCGGGGUAAAUUUUUUGGGUGUGGAUUUCAAAAAUUUUUGAAAAAUCAAAAAAAUGUUUUUUCAAAUUUAUGAAAAGUCAUUUUUAAAUCUCAAAAAAAAUUUUAGAAUCUCCCAGCCGGUCAACCCCGCCCAAAAAGAUCCCCCAUGAGCCAAGAAGACCUUAACUUAAGGUUACUAGAAGAAGAGUACGCUUAUGAUGACGAGAUUGCCGAACCCAAGGUUCAGAAUGCUGGUACUACCAAAGGACCAGCACCAAAAACGAAUACUAAAGCCACCAAGGCCAGUCCAAAACCUACGAACCGAGUUCAAAUGAUUUCACACGACACUGACAGCUUGGGUAGGGCGUUUUGAAGGGUUUUAUUUUUAUAACAGGGGGUGUUUAUGCCAUUCCUUAUAAAAAUACAUCGUUUUCAUUUUAAAAUCUACUCAAAAAUUAAAUUUUAUGUCUUACAAAAGCCUUAAAAUCCCAAUUUAUACCCAAUGUUCACCUUCAGAAGCCCCUAAAAUCAAGACCGUGCCAAAACGUUCGCGAAGCAAGGCCGUUAUCAACCAAAAUACGACAAAAAAACCGUUGAAUGUCCACCCCCGGUUCCUUCCCCAGCCUCCAAAAGCCAGAACUCCAGUCCAAAGGCCAAGACAAGUAUUGAAAACGGCUCCACAGCCUCAGGCAUACUACCCACAACAAGUGGCGGCUCCACAACAAACUGUUACUGCGCCUCAACACCAAGUCCAAGCAGCCUAUUACCCACCACAAAAUCAGCAGUAUUCUCAGCCAGUAAGUUUUUGAACUGAAAGAAGCAAAUUUACAUCUUGUUCAAGGCUUUAAACAUAAAUUUAGGCCUUCAAAAGUUCUAAAAAUUACAUUUUUUGAACAUUUUAACCCUUUUUUUGCCCAAAAUUUAAAAAAUUAUACCAAAAACAACAUUCUCAUAACCUCCUUAACCAUAAAAACCUUUUGCAAUACCUAAAAUAAUAUAAAACCUCCCAUUUUCCCACAAUAUUACACUCAAAACAGCCAAAAAGUAUGCCGCAGUCGACAGGAUUCGAACCUGUGCGGGCAGAGCCCAAUUGAUUUCUAGUCAAUCUCCUUAACCACUCGGACACGACUGCACACUCCGUUCGCUCUCUUCUUUCGUUACGCAUUCAAACGUUUCUUUGAAAAGACUUUUCGGGCGCCAAAGUCGGGUAUUGACAUUGUUUUUUGAUAAGAAGACGUUGAAUUUUGGGUUAAAAUUGGGAAAUUUGGUAAUAAAUAUUAAAGUUUAGAUAAUUGCGCAUAUUUUGACUGCAAAAUUAUUUGAAAGUAACUUGUUUUUAUACCUAAAAAGAAACAAAAUAUCUAGAAAAUGCCUCUAAAACAAUAUUUUUUGGUCAAAAAUCCCCAAAAAAUAACGAAAAAUUCCAAAAAAUCACAAAAAAUUUAUUUAACAGUAAAAGAAAUGCCUAAAGCUCAAAAAAUAUUACCUAAAAUCACCUAAUUUCCUAACAUUUUUUCCCUUUUCAGCCCCAAUACCGUCAACCUCAAUAUCAACAAUACCCACAACCACUGCCGCCAGUCCAAUAUGCAGCGCCUAGUGCUGAAGCCAGACCAGUUGCGGCUGACAACCGUGACCCUCAGGUCAUUGCCUAUUUGAAAGAAGUCGAGGAUUAUGACUGGGACUUCAAAGGCGAGCGACCUGACCUAAGUCCAGGUGCUGUUCAGGUAGGUUGUUUUAGCUUUAGAACUAGGCACAAAGCUUAAAACUUAAGCCUAAAAUUUAACGUUACACCACACUUUUUAAACUUAGAAAGACAUUAUACCAGCCAAAACUUUAGGUCACAACCCCAGAAACCCUGGUAGCAUUGGAUGGACGUAGCGACCGGUCGUUAGUCGGUACCACUCAGCCUCCUUACUCUCCAGCCACCUUCCCUACGGCACGAUAUGGGCCAGGUGUUGCUACUAGCGCACCAGCCAGACCUCAAGGUAACUUUUCUUGCAAUCGUUAGUUUCUUACACCAUCCCCUUCCCUCACACACCAGCCAAAAUUUUUUUGCCCAGCACUGCCUACUUUACUUUGAUGUCCUAUAUCUAACCGUAUUUUACCUAAAAACCUACAGAUCUUACCCUUUAAUCUAUAAACAUCACCUAAAAAUCGAAAAAAAAACGAAUUUCAAAUCAAAUAUAGGGUUGUUCAAAUAAUUCUGAGCCCUCAAAAUUUUAGCCCUCAAAAUUUGCUAUAAAAGGAGGCUCAGAAUUUUUUGAACAACCUAAUAUUUUACAUAAAACCCCACUAAAACGGUCAAAAAAUCAAAAAUAUUAGGUUCUUCAAAUAAUUCUGUACCCCCUCUCAAAGCAAAUUUUCCGAUUAAAGGGCACAGAAUUAGUUGAACAACCUAAUAUUUUACAUAAAACCAGACAAAACCUCAAAAAUAUUACCUAAAAACCCAAGAAAACUCAUUUUGAAUUCAAAUAUUAGGCUGUUCAAAUAAUUUUGAGCCACCAACCCCGAAAAUUAAAAUUAUAACAGGGCGCAGAAUUUUUUGAACAACCUAAUAUUUUAAAUACAAAUCCGCUAAACCGGUCAAAACAUCAAAAAUAUUAGGUUGUUCAAAUAAUUUUGUGCUCCUCUCAAAGAAAAUUUUCCGAAUUAGAGGGCACAGAAUUAGAUGAACAACCUUAUAUUACCCAAAAAUCCUUAAAAGCUAGCCAAAACAUACCUCAAUCCCAUCUUGCAGCCUACACCUCCUCUCCACACGACCUUCUCGGCAUCUUCGGCGGCACACCACACCCGAUCCUGUCCGGCUUCGGCCAGCUGUUCAGCGGUUUCCCUGGUUUGGGCGGACGUCGAAAAUAG